AUGUGGACCUCAGACUCCCGAGUUUUUUCUGGACUGAUAGUGACAGAACUCAAACAUAUCCUGGACCCGGACAGUUAUUCACUCAGAGCGGACCCAAUUCCAGAAGAUGCUCUCCACAAAACAUUUGAAUUGCUCUACAAAAUCAUAUCCAAGCAGAAACCGGUUUACAUUAGAGCGUCAGCCAAGCCAACCACCAAGAACAAUGCUUCCUCUCGACUUCAGGUUACUGCCGCCGCUCUCCGUCUAGCAGUAGAAGUGCUUGCUCCUGUAAUCAAAUUCAAAACAGCCCUUUCAAUCUUGGAUCAUAUUGUUGAGACGCUACCAAACUCCGAUGGCUCCUAUUGUGAGCCUCUUUUGAAUGACUAUCUCAAAAGCUUCAAAGCCCUCCUGGAAUAUGCUCCUCAUUGCGAACACAUGCGGCCGAAGCAAUGGCAAAAAUAUGCAGACUUUGCUCUUGCUUUAUUGUCUGUUGGUUUGGACCUGACACAACCCCACGAUGUGGCGACUAGUCGAGACAGUCGUAGCGCAUCUAGGAAUGGCAUCCACAUAUCGCUGCGGCUUAGCCAGAGAAGUGGGCGAGGAAAAGGGAAAGAUGGAGUGUCAUCACAUGCAGAUGAGCUCGUCGCUGCUCUUAAAAGCUUGACCGCCGUUACGAAUGCUCCUAUCAUGUCUCGUUGCGCUGCUAUUGCCGAUACCAUCAACGAGCACCUGGUGGCUGGAUUGAGAGCUCAAGAAGGUGCUUUUGAAACAUUGAACAAUGUCAUCUUCGUUUCCCUCGCAGAGGACGUCAAUUUCACGCGCGGUCUUAUACGCUCCCUGCUACCCACGAUCCGGCGACUGUGGUCUCACAAUUCUGCUCUCCUUCGAGAGCAAAUGCUGAUCACUCUCUGCUCAUGCCGGUAUCUUUUCAUAUCCAGGAGUAAUAUCUGGCCCGCAGUCGAGUCAGAUAUUCUGGAACCCAUGCUGGACACAAUGUUGACCGAGUAUAAGUCGAGGGGUGACAGAGAUAUUCUCCUCUUGGAGGACCUACAACUUUUGAUCCCAGGAGAAUAUGCUCCACUGCGUUCAGCACAAUUUCUGCCAAUCCGGAACUCAGCUCGCGCCGUCCCCGCCUGGGCUUCGCUCUCAAUCAUUGCCUGUCUCAUCCUUGGGACAAGGAAGACGCCAAGACAGGAAAAUGCUCCCGAGUCUGAUGCUGCGGAAGGCCCACGCAAACGGCAAAAACUUCAUGUGCCGGGUGAGGAUAUAUUGCAACAUGCGAUUGAUGGCUCUGGACAGAUGAGGCUUGUUGCACUUCAGAUUCUGGUUUUCCUCUGUGAGCAGCCUGUGCAUCAUGAGGAUGUACUCCCAAAGGAUCUCGCACUACUGCUUCCGGGGCUUUCCCACGAAGACACCACUAUCCAGUCUUGGACGUAUGUGCUUUUCUCGAGACUAGCGCUCAAAUUACCGCCAUCUGUGGAAUGUUCUAUUGAAACAUGGCUCCUUGUCUGGCACUCUGCACGUCAGGCUAUUUCUGUCCCAGGUACGGCGAGGGCAUCGUGUCACACUCUGGCAGUGCUCCUUCAGACCAAUCAUCUUCGCGCAAAUCUAGAUGGAGCUUUGGUUGACACUACUAUAUUCGGAGGAAGUAGUAAUGGGCCUUCUACGCUUACAGACACCUCUUUGCUGCUCAUGACGAACGCACUGCGGUCGAAUUAUUUUGAUGAUGGUCGGACAUUCGAGGCCUUCUGCUUGAAACUUCUCAGCUGGCUCUCCAUGCGUUGGACCCUCCCUUCCGUUCUAGAUCGGUUCCACAAUGCAUUUCUUGUGGCCCACGUACGACCAGAACUUCUCUUCUCCCUUCUCACUUCAAUCUGUGGGUUUCCGGAACCUAUCAAGCCGUACGAUGAUUGGUCUCCGGCUCAUUCAAUCUGGAGGGCUGCAAUCAUAGCCUCUGCCAACGACGAUUUUCUGAUGUACCUACUCGAAAUACAUCCAAAAACAAGCGAUGAUGUGAAUAUCCUCGCCUCCCAAAGUUUCCGCCAAUUCGAUUCCUCUCUGCUGUCCCGUCUCCAAAAUGCCGUGGCCACUUUAUUCGCCGGUCGUCUGACAGACUUUCAUUCCGCCUUUACCAUUUUACAGUCUGAGCGAAAGUCAAAUAUCGGUACCGACAUUGUUGGGGUUAUGACCGUUGCCUUGACUGUCUGGGCUUCCCUCUCCCCUCGCUUGGAGUUGGCACCCAACAUUGCGCCUUCGGAACUGUGGACAAGGGCUUGGGCAUCUCUCAAUAGCUUCGUUUCCGGUGAAAGGGGUGAUAUGGCCCUGAUGACGAACCUGAUGUGCUCUUCCGUUCUGCGUGUGCAUGCACAGAUUCAUAAGAUCGAAGCUAACUGGCCAUGUGAUGAAUAUCGUACAGUCAUCGAAUCGAGUCUGAAACUUACUCGCAUUUCUAUGAAUUCUCCUCUGUCUAAAGACGACAUGGAACUGGAUCUUCUAGAUGAUGAUGUGUGGACCUCUCAAUCUACCCAAAAGGGCUAUUCCAACGCAGCGACUAGUCAAUCUCGGCAGGCUAUCCCUUUGAAUUGUAACGAAGCCAGCCAACUAGCUUCAAAUCGCGUCAAGCUAGCUACCGCUCUUCAAUUCUUAAAAUCAAAUGGAACUCUUGUUCCAGCAGCUAUAUCUCUCAUUAUCGAUGAGGUAAUAACACUUGAGCCUUGGCUCCUACUUGCCGCUCGCGGUGCCGUGUUAGAGCUGCUGGCACUUAAACCUGGCAUCAAGCGAACUGAUGCUGCACAACUCCUGAAAGCAUUGGGCAAGACGUACUUGCAACAGGAAUCUUUUGAGAGGUGUGAGGCUGCGCUUUGCUUCUGCUUGAGUGUAGUGCAAGGUCUUGCAGACCUAUGGGUCUCUGAAGACGAGGAUGACCCAGUCGUCGAACUUGCAUUUGAUGUGUACAGCUACACUCUCAGCAUUACACUUGGAAAGUUCCCUGCAUCACCAAGAGUGCUUUCGCAGUUCUCAGAAGUACUAUACCUGCUCCUUCAGCUGAAUCCUAACUACGGUACGGAAGACCUGGCAUCUCCCCGAACCAGCCUGUUGAGGAUCCUUCAGCUCGCAGCACCUGCUAUAAAGUUCCGACUACCUGAGAAACUUUUUCAACUAUUCGAAAAAUUUAUCCUCACUCAACAUGAGGCCAUUUUUGAUGACGUCGUGGAGAAUCUUCCAUCGGACCCCGACAACAAGGAAGGCAUUGCUGUGCGUCUCUAUGUUCUGAGCCGAUUGGGUGCCCGGUGGCACACAGUAUUGCGACAAGCGACAUAUCACUUGUUUGAAACAGCGGCCAAUGUGCCUCCCGCGACCUCAUUGGCCCGAUGGUGCAUAUCUUUCACCUCGGAGAAACUCUAUCUAAAUUCAUCGACAGAGCUCUUCAGACUAUUUGUUUCACAGAUUUCGUACACAUGGCUAUCGAAAGACAGCAUCGACCGGAUGCCCUUUCAAGCGUUUGGAUAUGUAACAUUGAAAGAUAUGGUACUAGAUAAUCUACAAGAAUUUGUAGGUCAAAUAGCACUCCGCGGAUCCAUCGGUGCAAAUGAACUUUCAGCAAUAGCAGAGGAUUCGUGGACCUCUCUCCUUACAACAGCGUUUGCCACCGCGUUGGCCUACACCUUGUCGUCGGAGACGAGCCUGCCGAAACAAGACCGUCUCUAUGAUGGUUCUGAAAAGCUCAUGCGGAAACAGCUGGGGUUUGAGCUGUAUAUUCAGCUCCUCCGACAUUGGUUGCCAGACAUUGUCGCCCAGCUCAUAAUCUCUCUUCAAAACGACCGUGCGAUAGACAAGGCAUUCGACAAAAGCCAACAUGCAUCUGCUCUGAGUGCUUGGGAAGAAAUGUCCACCCAAUCUACCACCAACUUAGAAUUACCGUUGUCUCAACAACCCUCCUUUCGAGCUAGAUGCCUAGGCGAGGAGCUCAAUUAUAUUUGUUCUCGGCUUGAACUUGGACAUUCUGAAAUUUGGUCACCUGCUUUAACUGUUCAUGUCUAUCGGUCACUACUGAGCAAAGCAAAGCCUGCCCUUGGCCCGUUGCACGCUUGCACUAUUAUCCGCAAAAUUCGGAUCGCCAUCAGCCUCGCAGGCCCCAUAGCCGUGACUGGCUAUCCCUUAGAAAUGCUGCUCCAUAAUCUUCGGCCCUACCUUACUGUGUUUGAGUGUGCUGAAGACACGAUGGGGAUUUUCCGCUACCUUCUCCACCAUGGCAAACCUCAUCUCAAUUCACGGAUAUCCUUCAUUGCUGGCUUGGGUGUGUCUAUUUUCGCUUCGCUCACAGGAUUUAUUACGUCAUCUCAAGAGAGUACGACACAGGAGAGCCAUUUCCUUGCUACGAUAUCGAAAGCUCAGGAGUUUCGCAUUUUUCUAAGUCAAUUUCUCGAAGGCAUGGUAUUCGUGGACGUGUCACCGAAUACGCUGUCAAUGUUUAAGAGAAUAAUUCUGCACGCGAAGAAUAUUACACAUCCCGGUAGCAGUGCCCGAAGUAAAAGCGAGGGUUGCCUUCUUCUUGCUCUCCUCGAGGAUAGAAGUUCGGACAGUCCUUUACUUACUAGGUUGCACUUUGAUAUCUCUCUCGAGAUUCUGUGCAGGAAUUUCACGACUUCUUCAGACCCUGCAGAUGACAUACUCGCGGAUGACUUAAUCGCCCUUCGGGCUUCUAUGGUGCUCAACAACGCGCUUCAAAGCAUCAGCACAAAUGAAGAAUUCCGCAUAUGGGCUGCAAGCGCCAUCGGGCGGGGUUAUCUCAUGCAUGGCAUGAUGAAGAAUUGUCUGAUGUCACCUCACACAGAUUUUCACUUGACCACUCUAGCAGGCUCAAAACAUGACAAGGCCAAAACACGUGAAGACCUAUUACGAGAAGACAUGGUGGCUUCCUACACAAGCAUCAUAGAUCUACUCCUCGACUUGCUCUGGAGAUCCGAUUUUGUUGCAGCCGCAUUUGCUGAGAAGACUUUGCAACUUAUCUCCAGCAACAUUGCCGAACACCAGGAAGGGGAUAUUCUUGCAAAAGACUUCGACCGAAAUAUCUUUUCUGAGCUUAGAUUCCGAAACUUCCCCUGCCCACCAAUAGCACAGUCGAGAUAUCAAGCAAUGGCCUCACCCAUCAGAGAUAAUCAUGGCCGACAGGCCCGAUAUUCAAACAAGUGGGCGGCGAAUCUCCUUCGAAGUCUGUGUUCCGGGGCGAUGAAUGACCCUGUCCUACGUCACCUAGUACCCUUGAUUUCGGACGUCCCAAGUGUGGCUAGCGCCUUGUUCCCAUAUGCAGUUCAUGCUAUCCUCGGAGGUGAGCCCAAGUUGGUUCAAUAUUCGCGAGAUCAGUUGUCGCAGGCCUUCUCAAGCGUUCUCAAAAAUGAAAUAAGUGAACCUGAAGAAGCUCGACCAUUGGUGUUGAGAACCAUCUUGUACCUGAGAACACGCUAUCUUAUCAACGAAACUACGAUGGCCCAACGGAACUCUUGGCUUGACGUUGACUUCACCCAGGCUGUCGUGGCUGCUACUGAAUGUCAAAUGUUCCAUGAAGCGCUUUUGUUCCUCGAAAUCCAUCAUUCCCAGGCUCGACUCCAAGGAGGGCGCUCAUCUCGGAAAUCGUUCGUGUCACUACUUUCUAGUGUGUCACACGCCAUUGAAACUUCCAUUUAUGAAAAUGUCGAUGACCUUGACUUCUUUUAUGGCAAGCACGAAGAUUCGGACCUUCAUUCCGUGCUUGCGAAAUUGGCGCAUGAAGGGGCCAGCCAAAAAGCAUUAUCUUUCCAAAGCGCACUUCUCGAUUCUCAUUUAAGCAUUGAUGGCGCCAAGGGUCUCAGCGAGACUACUACCAUGACUGCCUUGGCACUUAAAUCAGCGAACAUGCACGGAGUUGCUGAAGCUGUGAAGCAGUACUAUGAUAAUCCAGAUCAACGGUUUCAGGUCGCACAGGCAGAUAAUACAUUUUCAUCUUUGACACAAUGGGAUUUGAUGCCCUCAAAUGAAGAGUCCAGCCUCUCUAGCAACAUAGGGGCUUUGUUCCGCAACAUGCAUCAGGCCUCAAGUAAGACAGGUCUAGAAUCAGCUUUGGACCAAUCAAUGCUAGAUUCGGUAGCGCGACUAACUUCGGGAACUGUUGGAAGGGCUCAGACUGACACUAUACUCUCAAAUCUAGCCGUUCUUGCAGAAGCCAGACAGGUGUUCACUGCUAAUACCCAACAGGAAGUUGAUUCAGUAUGGAAGUGUGUAAUUGCACGGGACAAGCAGAUUCAACUCGCCGAAUUUAACAAAUUGUCCCCUAUACUCCUGGGAAGAGAGGCAACAUUUGCUGCAUUGCGCCGGAAUCAUAAUCUCCAAGUGGAGCUCGGAUUGACUUUCCAACAGUCACUUCUACAAGAAAUUCAAGUUUUCCGCCAAUCAUUGCACUCGGUAGCCGAUCAUAACGUCCCCCAGUUCAGUCUUAAUAGAGCAAUGUAUUUGUCAAAACUGAACACCUUGGCAUUGGACGCUGGUCUCAAUGUAGAAAUUGCCAUCCAAUACGACCUUGCCACUACCCUUUGGGCACAAGACGAGCCUACCGGCUCAAUCGGAAUUCUUCAGAAUCUCAUGAGCAGAAAUGAUGGCAAGCAUCAGGUUCUUGGGGUGACUAUGGCGCAGAUUUUGACUGAUCUAGGCCACAAAGUUGCAGAAGCCCGUCUUGAAAAGCCGGACGAAAUUAUUAAAAGCUAUCUGCAACCAGCUUUCAAUGAGUUGCAUGGUAAAAGUUCUGGCUCAGAAGCUGGUCGAGUUUUCCACAAUUUUGCCGCAUUCUGCGACAUGCAAUUGCAGGAUACGGACAACUUGGACGAUUUCACUAGAAUUAGCAAGAUCAGAGAUCGCAAGCUAAGAGAAUUGAAUGACUUGAAGAAAAUGAUUGAGAACAGUGACGGAAAGCAGCGCGAUCAAUUAAAGGGACAUCUCAACAAGACUAGAGUUUGGUACAACCUCGACGACAAAGAGUUUAGACGGGUUUCUGAAAAUCGGGAGAGCUUGAUCCUUCAAUGUCUAGAGAAUUACCUCCUCUCUAUGAAAGCGUCCGAUGAGUAUCAGAACGACACACUCCGAUUCCUGGCCUUGUGGCUAAACCAGGCCGACAGCCCGACGGCAAACGCAACAGUAAGCAAGCAUCUCAGUUCAGUGCCGACGUUGAAGUUUGCUCCUUUGGUCAACCAAUUAUCUUCCCGACUCCUGGAUACAAAGGAUAAAUUUCAAGUUCUGCUUAUGGACCUUAUGUUUCGAAUAUGUUCGGAUCAUCCAUAUCAUAGUUUAUACCAGGUCUUCUCGACAAGUAAGACAAAAGCACCAAAAACCGACGAGGUAGCAUUAUCUCGAAAUGCUGCAGCCAACAAACUCGCUGAUUCAGUCGCAAAGAAGAGUCCAUCUGCCGCGAUUUGGAUUACUAUUCAUAACAGCAGUAUUGCUCUAUUCAGAGUCGCUCAAGAAAGAAUUUCGGAUAAAGACGCCAAACCUGGUACGAAAAUACCAUUUCGCAAACUUUCUUCCGCAUUGAAACUGGAGCAAAUGAUGACAGAGGCUCAUACAAAGAUACCUCCACCAACGAUGAACAUUGCAUUGAGACCAGAUCGGGACUAUUCAGGGCUCGCGACUUUUAGCAGUUUUGACCAACAGAUCUCUGUCGCUGGAGGCGUCUCGGCGCCGAAAAUUGCAACAAUGGUUGCCUCUGAUGGUUCUGCGUAUAAAAUGCUUCUAAAGGGGGGAAAUGAUGAUCUUCGACAGGAUGCGAUCAUGGAACAGGUCUUUGAACAAGUUUCAAACCUGCUCAAGGAUCAUCGCCCCACAAGACAACGAAAUCUUGGUAUUCGAACUUACAAAGUCAUCCCUCUCACCACAAAUGCCGGCAUUAUCGAGUUUGUGAAAGAUACAAUUCCUCUCAAUGACUACUUGAACCCUGCGCAUGAGCGAUAUUUCCCCAAAGACUUCAAACACACCCGAGCCCGGCGAGAGAUUUCGGAUGCCCAAACGAAGUCAUCAUCGCAAAGAUUGCAAGCUUACAAGACAGUGACUGCCAAUUUCCAUCCAGUUAUGCGCUUCUUCUUCAUGGAGAACUUUCUCGAUCCUGACGAGUGGUUCCAUAAACGCUUAAACUACAGUCGUUCGACAGCCGCCGUCAGCAUUCUUGGUCAUGUGCUUGGCCUUGGAGAUCGGCAUGGGCACAAUAUUCUUCUCGACCAUAACUCAGGGGAGGUAGUACACAUCGAUCUUGGUGUCGCAUUCGAAGCCGGACGCGUUCUUCCCGUCCCCGAGGUUGUCCCAUUCCGCCUGACGCGAGAUCUGGUAGAUGGCAUGGGCCUCACAGGUGUGGAAGGUGUUUUCCGCCGUUGUUGCAAUUUCACCCUGGAAGCAUUGCGUCGGGACCAAGAAGCCAUCAUGACGAUCCUGGAUGUUCUACGCUACGAUCCGCUCUAUUCUUGGUCCAUCUCCCCUCUCCGCCUCCAGCGGAUGCAGGAACACAACGAGCAGGUGGCUGAUGCGAUGGCCGCAAGUAUGUCCACAACAGCAGGAGCUGGCAUGGCGCUGGACGCCGGUGUUGGCGGUGUAGUCGGUGCGGCAAGGAGAGAUAUCUCAGAGCCCAGUGAAGCGGAUCGAGCGCUCACAGUCGUAGCGAAGAAGCUAGGCAAGAGUCUGAGCGUCGAAGCCACCGUCAAUGAACUCAUCCGCCAGGCAACCGAUGAGCGCAAUUUGGCCAUGCUAUAUUGCGGUUGGGCAGCUUUUGCGUAA